GCCUGUGCGUCCUCGGGGCCUCCCUGGGGUCGGGCUGCGGGGACCCGCGAGGUCGCAGGUAGCCCGCCCCUCCCCAGGCCUUAUUCCCGGCCCUGGCAGAGACUCCUGUAGUCAUCAUGGAGGUUGUGGAGGAGAGUCCCCUGAAUCCCAGCUGUAAGAUAAUGACCUUCAGACCUUCGAUGGAGGAGUUUCGGGAGUUCAACAAAUACCUCGCGUACAUGGAGUCUAAAGGAGCCCACCGAGCAGGUCUUGCAAAGGUGAUUCCUCCUAAGGAGUGGAAGCCGAGACAAUGCUAUGAUGAUAUUGAUAAUUUGCUUAUCCCAGCACCAAUUCAGCAGAUGGUCACAGGGCAGUCGGGACUGUUUACUCAGUACAACAUCCAGAAAAAAGCCAUGACUGUGAAGGAGUUCCGGCAGCUGGCUAACAGUAGCAAAUACUGUACUCCAAGAUACUUGGAUUAUGAAGACUUGGAACGCAAAUACUGGAAAAACUUAACUUUUGUGGCACCUAUUUAUGGAGCAGAUAUUAAUGGGAGCAUAUAUGAUGAGGGUGUCGAUGAAUGGAAUAUAGCUCGCCUAAAUACAGUCUUGGAUGUGGUUGAAGAAGAGUGUGGUAUUUCUAUUGAGGGUGUAAAUACCCCUUAUCUCUAUUUCGGAAUGUGGAAAACAACAUUUGCCUGGCACACCGAGGACAUGGAUCUCUACAGUAUUAAUUAUCUCCACUUUGGGGAGCCCAAGUCUUGGUAUGCUAUACCUCCGGAGCAUGGAAAGCGACUUGAAAGAUUAGCCCAAGGCUUUUUCCCUAGCAGCUCCCAAGGCUGUGAUGCAUUUCUCCGCCACAAGAUGACACUGAUUUCCCCCUCUGUGCUGAAGAAGUAUGGCAUUCCCUUUGACAAGAUCACCCAGGAGGCUGGAGAAUUUAUGAUCACUUUUCCUUAUGGAUAUCAUGCUGGUUUUAAUCAUGGUUUCAAUUGUGCUGAGUCUACAAAUUUUGCUACUGUCAGAUGGAUCGACUACGGCAAAGUUGCUAAAUUGUGCACUUGCCGGAAUGACAUGGUGCAGAUAUCAAUGGAUAUAUUUGUGAAGAAAUUUCAGCCAGACAGGUACCAAAUAUGGAAACAAGGGAAGGAUAUAUAUACUAUUGACCAUACAAAGCCCACUCCUGAGUCUACCCCUGAAGUAAAACUAUGGCUACAGAGGAGGAGAAAAUUGAAAAAAGCUUCCAAGAGCCUGCAGGGUAAUAGGUCACAUUCUAAAAGGCCUAAAGCUGAGGAGGAUGAGGAAUCGGUUGAAUCAAAUGUGGAGGAGGUCUCUAACCCUGCCACCAUAUGUUCAGGACACCUCAAGGUCACUGAAAAGCUAGAAAAAACAUCCAAACUGGGGAACAUCAUAGCUCCUUCAGCAGGAGAAGCUUCCGAUACCAGGACACAAGCUCAUCACAACUUACAGAAUGACACCAAACUCUCAGGAAAAAGCUGUAUAAAUUCACCUGUAAUAGAUGAAAUACAGCAUGAAGAUGGCUUAGCAAAUGCUGUAACUUCACCAUCUAUGCCCAAGAAGACCUGUGACUUCAUGCCAUUUUCAAGUGGCCAGGUAAUAGGCAAGGAGUCACAUCUCCUCAAGAAUCUAAGGCCUGAAUCUCCCAAGAUGUCUUCCUCCUUGGCAGAAAGUAAUAUGGUAUUGACAGAGGAAGAAGGCAAUAAUGAGGAGGACCAUGGAAGUAACCAUGAGCCUGGGGAAAUCCCAGAAGCUCUUAGUGAAGAGCGAAAUGGGCUCAAAUUUUCUAAGAUAAUAGAAGGACUGCCCAAAACUACUAAGAGUUGGCGCCAUCCACUUGGUAAGCCUCCAGCCAGAUCCCCAAUGACUCUUGUGAAGCAGCAGGUAGUGAGUGAUGAAGAGUCACCUGAGAGUCUACCCACUGAUGAAGAAGUAGAAGAAACCGAGUCUUGGGCAAAGCCUCUCAUCCACCUUUGGCAGACAAAGUCUCCUAACUUUAUGGCUGAACAAGAGUAUAAUGCAGCUGUGGCAAAAAUGGAACCACACUGUGCAAUCUGUACUCUGCUCAUGCCCUAUUACAAGCCUGAGAGCAGCAAAGAAGAAAAUGAUUCUAGUUGGGAGACAGCAGUAAAUGAAGUGGUUAAAUCUGGAAGAAAAACUAAACCCAUUAUUCCAGAGAUGUGUUUUAUUUAUAGUGAAGAAAAUGUAGAAUAUUCCCCCCCAAAUGCCUUCCUUGAAGAGGAUGGAACAAGUCUUCUGAUUUCCUGUGCCAAGUGCUUCGUACAGGUUCAUGCAAGUUGUUAUGGCAUCCCCUCUCGUGAUGUCUGUGAUGGAUGGCUCUGUGCCCGGUGCAAAAGAAAUGCAUGGACUGCAGAAUGCUGUCUCUGCAAUUUGAGAGGAGGUGCUCUUAAGCAGACUAAAAACAAUAAGUGGGCCCAUGUCAUAUGUGCUGUUGCAGUCCCAGAAGUUCGAUUCACUAAUGUCCCAGAAAGGACACAAAUAGAUGUAGGCAGAAUACCUUUACAGAGGUUAAAAUUGAAAUGCAUCUUCUGCAGACACCGGGUUAAGAAGGUUUCUGGAGCUUGCAUUCAGUGUUCCUAUGGCCGCUGCCCAGCUUCCUUCCAUGUCACAUGUGCCCAUGCUGCUGGGGUACUCAUGGAGCCUGAUGACUGGCCUUAUGUGGUAAACAUCACGUGCUUCAGACAUAGAGGCAACUCAAAUGCGAAGUCCAAAGCUUGUGAGAAAGCCCUCUCUGUGGGUCAGACAGUCAUCACAAAGCAUCGGAACACUCGGUACUACAGCUGUAGAGUGACAGAUGUGACAUCUCAAACCUUCUAUGAGGUCAUGUUUGAUGAUGGCUCCUUUAGCAGAGACACUUUUCCUGAGGAUAUUGUGAGCAGAAACUGUUUGAAACUGGGCCCUCCUGCUGAGGGAGAAGUCAUCCAAGUCAAAUGGCCCGAUGGUAAACUCUAUGGGGCGAAGUAUCUUGGAUCAAAUGUUGCCUACAUGUAUCAGGUUGAAUUUGAAGAUGGAUCCCAGAUAGCCAUGAAGAGGGAAGACAUAUACACUUUAGAUGAAGAGUUACCCAAGAGGGUAAAGGCCCGUUUUACAAACCAACCAGUUCACAACUUGGAAAUUUCCUUCCCAAGUGAAAUAUGGUACUUUCUCAGGAAUCCAAAGGAUAGCCAGGCACUCUGCAUAAUUGCCUCAUGAGCAGAAAAAUAUACACAGCUGCCAACUGGAACCAUUUCCAAUUUCCAAGUUUCCUUGUGUCUGCUCCCUUGUUUUUUUCUUCUUGUUUUGUUUUUAUUUUUUGUUGUUGUUUUUUUUUCCACGAUGGAUCAUGAGUUUUCAACUCCUAAGAGUCUGUCUGUUUUGUUACCAACCUGAGAUACGCUAUAUGCUGCUAUCAUUGUAAGUCAUACACCUAAUUUAAAGCAGUGGAGAACGUAUUCUGCAAAACAGAAAGUUAGGAACUGAAAUGGGUGUUUUAGGGUUGACACUAGCUUUGGUCUUUAACUGAGUAUCUCAGCAAUAGCCUGCCCUUCUCACUAAACACUCACUGAGCAGUAGCUGAGUUCCACACCUGUUACUUAGUGUUGAUUUGUAGUUCUAAUACUCUUUACCUUAAGGAACACCUGAUGGGAAGAACAUUGCCUAUCCCUGCAUUUAUGUUCAGGGCUCACAGGAACCUCCAGCUUUCCUAUGGAAGGCGAAUUAUCCCAGAGAGAAAACAUGAGAUGCAGUACCAGUGAAAUGAGGCUCAGAAUGUAAAAUUUAAUCUUCUCAGAGAAGGAAAUAGAAUUUGCUUGGUUGUAAAUGUCUGGCCUUGGAAAUGUACAGAUCAUCUUGAGAGCAGGUAAAAGGCGAAAAGAUUAUAGGCAGGUACAUAUAGCCCUCUGUAAUCAUUUAACUAGAAUAUUCUUAAAGAGCUUUUUUCCUAGUGAUUUAAUGGGAGACAGAUUGGGACUGCUACAUUUAUUACAGUGGUCCAAAAAGAGAAAUGGGGACCCUGCAUGCGGGACAAUGACUGCUUCGGAUCUAUGACCUCCUGUCAGGGUGUGGAUCAUAGGGAAUCCACAGUACCAUUCAGUUUUGACAGUUGACUGGAAAGAUGAGCAUGGUAUUGGCAUUUAGGAAAUUAGGGCAAUGAUCGCAAGUCUUUGAGUUCUGUUUUAUACAGGUUAAUUUGGAGAGCAUCUGAAGUAGACAGUUUGAUGUGCCUACUGGGCAGGGUCCUUGCAGAUUUUGAUGCAAGGGAUAUAAGCCAGAGUGAGAAAUGCAGUCAUCAUCUUUGGAGUAAGUGUAGGUAUUGAAGUCAACACUGGACCAGAGGCCCCAGUUGAACAGAUAGUUAAGACAGUGAAGCUCUGAAACAUCAAAACGGAGCAAACAGGUAGCCAGUGGAGUAGUUAAGCAACAGAAAACUGCUGUAGGAAUUAGAAACUAAGGGUUUAACCACAUUAGCUUCAAGGAAGUAGGGAGAGGGCAAAGGGACAAAGAAUAAAUUCAGGCCCCGCCCAAGGUAGCAAGAAGGACUGAAGAGUACUGUGUGGAGUGUCCCUGUCCCCAGCAGUGCAGGCGGGGAGUCAGGCUUAGGUCUGGCGGUGAAAGCUGCUUGGAUCUGUUCACUUGAUGACACAGAGUCUUUCUCUUGUCCCACAGUGGAAGGUGCUGUGGAGAGGCAGCUGAUGCCUGAAGCCAGGUGGUCCUGCACGCCUCUCUGAGGGAGGCGGGUGGCCCUGUGUUAGCAUCCCCUUCAGAUGUCUGUGGAGAACUUUAGUUAGAUCCCAGGGGUGGUUCAUUUUGACCUCAAGAGGUGAGAAGAAACACAGGGAGGGCCAUCCUCUGAAUUAAAAAUUCGUUAAAGAAGCAAGUGGCUUGUUGCAGUGUGGGGAAUGGUGUGAUACUUUUGCUUAACUCUGGUUUCACAGAUGUCCUAUUAGAAGGUGAUGUUCAUUGCUAGUUCUAGCUGCUUUAAUAAAGAUUUUACUUAUUUUU